AUGGCUGUCUCGCCCUCCGGCAAGUGGGAUGCCCGCUACCUCGGCCCCGUCCCCCAUGACACGACCUACUACAUGAAGUGCAUGCUUGGUGGUGCGCUUGCCUGCGGUUUCACCCACGCCGGUAUCACUCCCCUUGAUGUCGCCAAGUGUAACAUGCAGGUCGACCCCGCCAAGUUCAAGAGCACCGGCCAGGCUCUCCGCACCAUCGUCGCUGAGGAGACCUCCCGCGGUCUCUGGAAGGGCUUCGGCCCGACCUUUGUCGGCUACUCUCUCCAAGGUCUCUUCAAGUACGGUCUCUACGAGUACUUCAAGGACAUGUACAUGAACAUGGCCGGCGAGGAGGCCUCUGCCCAGUACAAGGGUCUCAUCUGGUGUGCCGGCUCGGCCUCUGCAGAGUUCUUCGCCGACAUCGCCCUCUGCCCUCUGGAGAUGACCAAGGUCAAGAUCCAGACGAGCCCUGCUGGCACCUUCCCCGUCCCCAUGUUUGCCGCCCUCUCUCACAUGAGCGCGAUGAAGGCGGAAACCCGCUUCCCCUUCGGCUCCCUCGUUCCCCUCUGGUCGCGCCAGAUCCCGUACACGAUGGCGAAGUUCUUCUUCUUCGAGUACAUCGUCGCGCUCUUCUACAAGCACGUGUUCACCGCGCCCAAGGACACGUACUCGAAGCCCACCCAGCUCGGUGUCACCUUCGCGUCCGGUUACCUCGCCGGUGUUGUGUGUGCCGUCGUCUCCCACCCCGCCGACUCGCUCGUGUCGCUCAUGGGCAAGCCCGCGAACCGCGGCAAGAGCCUCGGCGCGAUCGCGUCCGAGACCGGCAUUGUGUCGCUUGCGACCAAGGGUCUCGGUACGCGUGUGGUCAUGAUCGGUACUCUGACCGGCUUCCAGUGGUGGAUCUACGACUCCUUCAAAACCGCCAUGGGCAUGGGCACGACCGGUGGCAAGUAA